AUGCACGAAUUCAUUGCCUUCGAUGCCUCCCCGGCAGUGGUGACCCCGACACCACUGGUCCCUUUUGUGUACGCCGAGAUCCCUCUGGGAAACAUCACUCCCAAUGGAUGGCUUCGCGCCGAAAUGGAAACAGAGGCCAACGGACUCGCUGGUCACCUGUAUGACUUUUACUCGUUUGUCCACGACGCAACAUGGCUGGGUGGAUCCGCCGAAUACAGCAACCUCAACGAAGCCUUUCCUUACUGGUUGAAUGGUAUUGUGCCAUUGGCCUACACUCUCAAUGACCAACGACUGAAGGAUCAGGUUCAUGAAGCCAUGGACUAUCUCUUCGCACAUAUGAUUGCCGAUGAUGGUUGGAUUGGACCUGAACAGGGUGGAAUGCGACUGCUCUGGGCCCGCACCUUGAUCUUCUUUGCCUGGACAAAUCUAGUGGAAGCCAACAAAACGUAUGAAGAGCCCGUGGUGACUGCAAUGCACGACUUCAACCUUCUGAUGCAUUCGAUGCUGAAAAACAAUGGCACUGGUCUCGUCGAGCAGGAGAAUAGCGAGAUCGAUGGCGGUUACUUCUUCUGGUUUUUAUCCCGAGUCGCAGAAAUGAUUGUGAGUCUCCAGUGGCUGUAUGACAAGUAUCCUCGAGGUCAAGAGCAGAUCUUGCGGGAGAACAUGCAGAUGCUGCAUGAGUAUGGCUGGAAGUGGGAGGCCUGGUUCACCAACAGUAGCUAUGCAUUCGACGACUUGUACAAUCUUCCCGACCAGUUCUCAGACGACCACUUCCACUUCUUACACGGCGUCAACGUUGGCGAAGGACUCAAAGCUCCGGCGGUCAUUCGACGAUUUACGUACAACGACAGCCUGGUUCAGACCACGCGAGAUGGCGUACAAUGGACCAUGAAAUACCACGGCGCUCCGUCUGGGACUAUCCUCGCCGACGAGCGAGAAGAUGGUGUCAGUCCGUGGUAUGGAUCCGAGCUAUGCACGGCUGUCGAAGUCAUGUUCUCGCAAAGCUACAACUUCCGCGCUCUAGGAGAAUCUUUCUACGCUGAUGGCUCUGAGCUAGCAGCGUAUAAUGCCCUCCCAGGUGGCAUGACAGAUGACUGGUGGGCGCAUGUCUACGUGAGCCAGCCAAAUCAACCUUACGCGAAGAAUCUGACAUGGUCUCCGUUCUCCAACACCGACACCAUGUCGCAGACAUAUGGACUGGAACCGGACUACCCAUGCUGUACUGUCAAUCACCCACAAGGUCUACCAAAGUUUGCUCAAGCUGCGUUCGUCACUCUCGGCGAUAAUGGACUGGUGCACGCUCUACUCAGUCCUGUUUCGGUGACAACGACGAUCGGCGGCGGUCUCGUCACAGUCGAGUGCAUCACCAACUAUCCAUUCGAAGACGUGCUCGUGUACAAGAUCCAGGCCCAGAAGUCCUUUGAUCUACAUAUUCGUCAACCCACCUGGGCCACCAAAGCCACCUUGUCGAACGAAAAUGCCAUGAAAGAAUCGACGUAUGAUGACACGACUGGUCUACACAAAACAUCCAUCUCAAGCGGACUUUCCACUGUAGUCUACACCAUCGAAACCUCCAUCCGCACCGAGCCGCGAGCAAAUGACACCAUCGCCGUAUAUCGCGGCGCACUCCUCUACGCGUUCGAAGUUGCGGCAGAAAUCUCAUCCACAGGUCCACACAAUUACCGCAACAAGACUUUGUACCGAUCGGACUAUGCUCCUUCUCAAGCAAAGGACUACAUCAUGCUCAAUGCUACGGAAUGGAACAUUGCCAUCGAUCCUUCCACGCUCGUCUAUCAUCAUCACCAUCAUCCUUCUUCACGACGAGAAUCAAAGGUGAGGAACCACAUCGCUAAACAAGAUCCACGUGGUAGUCAAUUACCACUUCUUGGAGGAGGAGGAGGAGAUGACAACGACAUGAUGACUAUUGGUACUAUCGAGCCUCUCCCAACGCCAAUCUUCGCCUCGGGUAAUCCGCCCAUGUACAUGACUGUGCGUGCAUGUUUGAUCGAUUGGCCGCUGCUCAAUGGUACCGUGCCGGGCUGGCCGAGUGCUUUAAGUGAACGAAAGUGUCUGGGCGAUGUUUUUGAUGCGAAACUCGUGCCGUAUGGAAGUGCGAAAUUGAGGAUGAGUGAGUUGCCGGUUAUUGAUUUGAAGGGGAUGUGA